AUGGUUGACGGUAAAGUUUUAGUGGUUUCUAAUAGAUUACCAGUUACUAUCAAAAGAUCUCCUAAAGGAGAUUAUGAUUAUACUAUGUCAUCAGGUGGUUUGGUAACUGCAUUACAAGGAUUGAAAAAAUCAACUGAAUUCCAAUGGUUAGGAUGGCCUGGGUUAGAAAUUCCUGAUAAUGAACAAGAAAGAGUUAAUACUGACUUGAUGAAUAAGUUCAAUUGUACUGCUAUCUUCAUUAGUGAUACAAUUGCUGAUUUACAUUAUAAUGGAUUCUCUAAUAGUAUUUUAUGGCCAUUAUUUCAUUAUCAUCCUGGUGAAAUGAACUUCGAUGAAAAUGCUUGGGCUGCUUAUAUUGAAGCCAACAGACUAUUUGCUAAAACUAUAGCUCAACAAACUGAUGAUAAUGAUAUGAUUUGGGUUCAUGAUUAUCAUUUAAUGUUAUUACCGCAAAUGUUAAGAGAAGAAUUAGGUGAUUCAAAAAAGAAUAUUAGAAUUGGAUUUUUCCUUCAUACACCUUUCCCAUCAUCGGAAAUAUAUAGAAUUUUACCUGUUAGAAAAGAGAUUUUAGAAGGGGUAAUAAGUUGUGAUUUAAUUGGAUUUCAUACAUAUGAUUAUGCUAGACAUUUCCUUUCUUCAGUUUCAAGAAUUGUUCCUAAUGUUUCAGUCUUGCCUAAUGGUAUUGAAUAUCAAGGUAGGAAAGUCGGUAUUGGUGCAUUCCCUAUUGGAAUUGAUGUUGAUAAAUUUAUUCAAGGUUUACAAAAAGACACUGUUGUUAAAAGAGUUGAACAAUUGAAAAAGAAAUUCGAUGGGGUAAAAGUUAUCGUAGGAGUUGAUAGAUUAGAUUAUAUUAAAGGAGUACCCCAAAAAUUACAUGCUUUUGAAAUAUUCUUGGACGAACAUCCAGAAUGGAUUGGUAAAGUUGUGUUAGUUCAAGUAGCUGUUCCUUCAAGAGGAGAUGUGGAAGAAUAUCAAAGUUUAAGAGCUACUGUUAAUGAAUUGGUUGGUAGAAUCAAUGGUAAAUUCGGUACGGUUGAAUUUGUUCCUAUCCAUUUUAUGCAUAAAUCUAUCCCAUUUGAUGAAUUGAUUAGUUUAUACAAAAUUUCCGAUGUUUGUAUGGUUUCAUCAACCAGAGAUGGUAUGAACUUAGUUUCAUAUGAAUACAUUGCUUGUCAACAAGAGAAUAAUGGUGUAUUGAUAUUAUCAGAAUUUGCUGGCGCGGCUCAAUCAUUAAAUGGAGCUCUCAUUAUUAACCCAUGGAAUACUGAAGAACUUGCAUCAUCAAUAAAUGAAAGUUUGACUUUACCACCAGAGAAGAAAGCUUUCAACUUCAAGAAAUUAUUUGAUUAUAUCUCGAAAUACACUUCAGGUUAUUGGGGUGAAAGUUUUGUUAAGGAAUUAUUCAAGUAUUCUAAGGGGAAAUAG